UUCAAAAUGUGUAGACAAAAGGUUCCGCAACAACUUUGAAACUUUAAGACAUUUUCUACUAACAAAAGAAAAAAGAUUCUUAUCUUUUUCAAAAUCUAGUUAUUCAGAUGUUUCUUCAGUAGAAAUAACCAAUAUGUUCGAUCUUUUUGCUCAGAUUAUUUACGGAACUCCAAAAAACGAGAAGGAUGUUAAAGAUUUCCUAAAAGCACACGUAGAAGCUAAUGAUUUUGUACAGGUUUACAAGCAACUUGCAAAUGUUGAAGAAAAUAUUUCAGAGAACGUUCACGACAAAAAGAAUGCAGAGACGCUAGGGAAACAGUUAUCAAAAGAUGCGUUCAGGAAACAAUUAACUGAUUGGAAAUCGGCAAAUGCAGUACAUUUAUUUGCACUAGCAAGCAUUUUUAAUGCUGCAAUUUAUGUUGUUUCCCCAAAAGAUGUUUCAGGCAGGGAAGAGUCAAAUUUGUAUCUUCCAAUUUGCGGUAGUUACUUGUAUACAUUUGAAUCUCCUUUGGUUUUCAAAAGCAGCAAAGAAAGUCCAUCGUUUGAAAUAGACCUCAAAGAAGAAUGUCUAUGCAGUCAAAAAACUCCAGAGAUAAUUGGGCAGUUCCCAAUUGCCAACAACACAAUAGAUCUUGAUCGAAUUCGAUCGCUGGAAUUAAUGCCUUGUUGUCCACCCGUCAGUCGUCAUGGGCUUCAUCAACAUUACAAACACAUACCGGAAAAGAACAAGUUGAUUUAUCAGAGAGAUGAUACCCCAUGGCCUGGAGGGCUAUCUGAUGACUACAAACAUAUCAACGACAUUUUAGCAGAAGAAGGGAGGCAAUUAGAGCUAUUGCUUGGCGGAAAAGGAACACUAGCAAAAUGCAUAAGCAAAGAUGUAUUUGGAAAUGAAGACGUAGAAUUGCCCAUGAGUUUUCCGGAGAACGAUUUCGAACUGUCUCUUCAAAUAGCAGCUGACUGGACGGGAUUUCCAAUAUACAUUUUUCAAAACUGCAAGGAAAAUUGCAGUUGGGAGAUUACAACUCCAACGACUUAUGUCAAAGCCAAAAAUUGUCGAUACUUCAUAACAUUAUUCCUCCAGAAGGAAAAUGGCAGAGAAUAUGUUGAUAGAAUCACUUCAAAGACUGGAUGUAACUGUAUGCUUGCUCCUCCAUUUGUUGCCAGAAAAGUAGAAGUUUCAGAAAAUCAAGAAAUAGGCAAAAACAAACGACAUCGGCCGCUUAUUACGUUUUUCCCAGUAAACCCUCCUGAAAACUGGUUUUGUGAUGAUGUACGUAGAGAAAUGAACAUAAUUCCGAUACAUUCUGAGCUUCGUCUUGUCAUGGAAAGAACUGACAUGGAAGACCGUAUGAUAGACACGAUUUCCGAUCACACACAUUCCUUGUAUCGAUGCAUGAGCAAAGAUAUAUUUGGCAGUGAAGAACAAUACCAAAAAAUCAUGCAGGAAGUAAUAGCAGAAAUAAAAGAAACUCCAAACAUAUAUGGCCCUCUUCUAAUUGCAGAGAAAGAAAGUGCUGAUAGAGAGUCUUUGAAAAACUUCAAAUACCGAGAACAUAAAGUUUUGGAUGCUUUUAGAUUUCGUGAUACAAUACUUAAAGAGUCUGCGACUUUCUUCACUGAAAGAAUUGAAGAUGGGAUGACAUUGCAGGAUCUAGAACUCAUCGCAGCAGCAACGUGUUUCCAAGUACCAAUCUAUGUACUUAGUGCUAGCAUACAUGAAGACAGAAUUGAAACAGAAUGGAAGCUCUAUAGUCAAAUAAGAAGACGAAAACAGCCGAAAGAUUUUCUGAAAAGACGACAAUAUUUUGCUCAUAUAGAUGCCGUUUACAAAUGCCUAUUUGAUGCCGAGAAUGUUUCAAAGUUUCACAUUACUCUCUUCCGGACCUUUUCAGGACAAUUUCACAGAAUUGCAGCCAGAUACAGAGUAUGUAACUGUUUGAUGGACCCACCAGUGGCUUUUGUACCGCAAAAACAUAAACAUGAUAGUCAUUCAGACUUUAGGAUAUUCUACGACACAAACCUUGCUAAAUCUACACUAACUACCGCAAAAUUGGCAUUGGAUAUGUGGAUGAGAUGCAACAUGGCUUUAGAAAUACUGUGUAGCGAGAUCAUUGAUGAAUUAGAGGGCCGGAGACGAAAUGUAAAUAUUUCAACUAUUGUGGGGUCUUCAGUAGGCAUUGCAGGAUCAGCACUUGCCAUUGCAGGAGUUAUUGCAGCUCCUUUUACAGCGGGAGUGUCCCUUGGUUUGACAGUUGGUGGAGCUGUCAUUGGUUCUUUAAGUGGUGUAACUGUUGUGGGAGCAACAGUAACCGAAGUAGUGUUAAAUAGGGAUGCAAAUGCAAAGUUUGAGCGCUAUUCAAGAAUUUUCGCGAACGAUCUAGAGUCUUGGAAGAUUCCUUGAAAAAACUCCAAAAAUUAAUUCAAGUAAUACAGGAACGGACCAUGCAUACAGACGAUGCAAACGGGGUUGAUGCAACAGCACUUCAGGUUGCAGCUGGAACACUGUCUAUGAUCAGGGGUAUACCUAUAGCAGUUGC